UAAACGUGUGAUUCAAAGUCAGUGGAAAGCAGAGGACAGCACGCAAGUAAUUUUUCUCACCGCUCACAGUUUGUUCCGCCGGGUUUUCUUGGAUCCCACCAUGGGUUCCUCACACUUUUGCGUUCACCUUGUCAUUCUGGGCUUCUGUGCCCAACUUUGCCUGACUGGAGCGGGCAAAUAUUCGAAAGAGAAGAACGAUUUGCACCCGAAGGAAAAGGCUGAUCGCGAAUUUCGUUCAGCAAAGGUGGAGGCCGUAUGGGUGAAAGCACAGAAGCUCGUGUCUGCAGCCAAGCUGGCAGACCUCCACAGUGACCUGAAGCUACACGAGAUGGAAGAGUUCAAGUGGAAGAAACUCAGGGCAGACGGGGGUGACCAGGAUGGAAUGAAAGAGGCCAACCUGAGACAAAAUCUCCAUAAACUGAUGAUCAAGUAUGGGAUAGAUGGAGGCAAGUAUCAACCCAUGAGAAAUGAUGUGGACACAAACAUGAGACAUGCGAAGGAUGUGGCCAGUGAGUUCACAGACCAGAGGAUCAGGAAAAUCUGGAUGAAGGCACAAAAGGCUGGAUUCUCCCCAGAGGAGUUGGAUGAAUUAAAGACAGAACUGAAGCAUCAUCAGGAGAAGGUUGAAGAAUACCAGAUGAUGGCCAACGAGUUACCAGAACACCAAGAAAACACCAUUGAAGGAAGAGAGAAGAACGUGGAGUUGAAGCAAAAGUUUAAGGAUCUCAAAGACAAGCUGGGCAAGCUGGAUCUGAAGAUAUCCUCAGGGUACAUCGAUGAGAUGGACUUCAAGGAGCCCAAAAUCAAGGAGCUCUGGGCGGCUGCACUCCGGGGGAACUUCACUGAUGAUGAGCUCAAGUCUAUCAAGGAGGAACUCAGUCAUUUCCAGAAGAAGAUGGACAAACAUUCCCACUACAAGCAGGCUCUUGUAGCAUCUCAGCAGCAGAAGGAAGACAUCGGGGAAGAAAAGUUUCCGCAAGAAAAGCAGGCACGCCAUGCCGACCUUCUGGACAAGGUUAAGGAGCUAGGGUAUAAGGUGAAGAAACACUACAAAGACCUUCAUCAUCGAAUCAACAAGGAGCUACCCAUAGAUGAGCUGUGAUGAAUAAAGUGUACCUGCACGGUGUCACAUUCUCAACAGCAAUGCUGCUACAGGCUGGAGGAUUGGGGACAGAUAGUUUUAUGAGCAAUACCAGAAUUAGACAUACAUUGUAUUUGUAAUUUGUUUCAUACUGAAUCAUAGGUCAUAAAACACUAAUAAAUCAUAGGUCAUAAACAGAUGCUGGCUGGAGCCCUGUACCUAAGCCUGAAAGGCUGGCAUUUAGACUAUCAAAGACUACAGAAAUCUUCAUUGACAAAUCUCCAAGGAGCUAACAAUUAAAAAAAAAUGUAAAGCUGUGAUAAAAUCUAGUACAGAGCCUCAUAUGAAACUGAUGCUUUAUUUUAAACUGAUGCCAAAAAAUUUCAAGUCCUAGAACAGCCAAAAGUUUCAAGUCCUAGAACAGUCAAAAGUUUCAAGUCCUAGAACAGUCAAAAGUUUCAAGUCCUACAUGUAGAACAGUCAAAAGUUUCAAGUCCUAGAACAGCCAAAAGUUUCAAGUCCUAGAACAGCCAUACAAUGUAACAAGGAGCUGAGAUGAGAAAGUGUUUAGAUGAAAACAGACAUUAUAAUUGAGAAAAUAAUCAACAGAAGGAGCUUGCAUGGUCAUACCUACAUUUGUAGGUAUAUAUAUAGAACUGUCUUAACUAUUUCAUUAUAGCUAAUGAUCUUGUUUCAUCAUUGAAUAAGAAUGAAUCAAAAUAAUGGCAGAGUUUUCUAUUUAUGUUUUACAAAGUGUAGUCUACAAUGCAUGUGCCAGAAUUACUUAAUUCUAUGAUGAACUACAGUCAUGAUUUAUAGUAUGUAUGAUUUCCAUGAUUGUAUAUACACUGAUAUGAUAUUAUUGAAAAUUUAAGAGGGACAAUACUGUACUCUACUGAUGUUCACUCAAGCAUUGUUCAGAUACCUUGAAUCUCUGAUGUGAAACAUACAAUGUAGGCAUGAAUAACUGAGAUGUUGCUACUAGUAUUAUAUUUUAGUAUGCAUGCAAUGGUAAGGCCACA